AUGGCCCAAAUAAAUACACAGCUCACACGGCUAUAUUUGCAGCGACUAGUCAGUGCGCUAGUUCCCCCAGAAUGUGACUUGGAAUUCAUACAAGGCCUUGUCAAUGAUAUAAUUCAGAAUCGAGCUCAUCACACAACAAGACCAUUGAAUGAGAUUCUAGACGAAUACAGAGCAAACUUCAACUCUCUGGGCAAACAUGAAAUAUGGCGGGAUUUUCAACGGACUGUUGAUUUGCUCAUCAAUGCCUCACUGCCAGAGUAUGUGGCCGAUUAUUUGUCUUUUGCCAGACAACUUAUGCCCCAAGAGCCGGCUCAACGGGUGUCAGAUGAGAAGGCAGCUAAUUUUACCAGGAAUUCGAGCCCAAUCAUGUCAGAUAGGGUGCGUGGAUUAGAGUCACGAACCAUGGCCGAGGUAUCGCAGCCAUAUGUUCCCGACUUGGAUCCUAAACUCUUUGCAACGCUUCUGUUGGCUUUGACUGGGCAGGAAACCGAGUUCUUAUUGUUUCUGAACGAGCCAAUUGCUGUAACUAUACUGCCGUCUUUGCAUAUAGGCACUGGUUCGACUGCAUUAUUAACAGAUAUCUUAGAAGCGGGUCUUCUAUUCAGGGGUCUUUCCAUUUACAUCGACUCUACAAAAGGCGGCACCAGAUCCCCUAUCAAAGCAGCAUUUAUUCGGUUCAUCGAAUCCUACCUCCUACGAUAUGCAAAUGAGAUCGAUGCUCUCUUUCAGAAACUGCCUGACUCUUUAAUUCAGAUCCUAAACUCGGUUCAGCCUCAUACUAAGUUUCUCAGACUACUUUCAUACCUCAAAAGCAACUAUACUGAGACAAAUGGAUUUCUCUUGCUUUCGAAAGCCUACGAUCUCUCUCAAUUCGGGGAUCCCGAGGUGGCACAAUUCUCUACUCAGCUCUUCCACGAAGUCGUCAAGCCAUAUUAUCAAUACAUAGAGCACUGGGUGAUCAAAGGCGAACUCAUCGACGAGAAUGGUGAAUUCUUUGUGUAUUUUGACAAGGCUGAGAAUCAUGUGAACGACAUUAUUCGCAUAAAUCCCAAGCUACUUCCGAAGUUUUUACAAUUCGAGGAAGCUACCCACGAUAAAAUACUCCAUAUAGGAAAGACUCUCAUUUUUCUUGACAAGUAUUGCAAAGAACUCGCAUAUAUCAACGGUUACGUUUCGAGAUAUUACCACUUCAUUUUCAAAGUUCACGCAGGUAUGGCAACAAUGAAGAAGGCGACGUCUCAAUUAAUGAUUUCUACGCAGUAUGAGGAACUUACUAAUUUUUUUGCAGCAGUCAUACAAUCCAAAAUGCAUCUUUUUCUGCAUCUUUUCAACUUGAAACAGAUUAUGUUUUCCGAAGCAGGAGAUUUCGUCGAUACUAUCAGCCAGCAAGGGCAUUCAAUGUUUAGUGAGCCUGCUGCAUAUCUUACCCCGAGUCGAUUGUCAGAUCUCUUAAUUAAUUCCAUUUCUUCUUCGAGUGUGAAGAAUUUGCCAACACAAUAUCUAGAUCGAAUUGACGCCAGAAUCCUUGAUCUCAGCCACGGCACGAUUGGUUGGGAUGUGUUCACCUUAGAAUACAAGAUAUCCGAGAUUCUGGUUGAUGCUCUUCUCAAUUACCGCAACCAACUAACUGAAUACCUUCGUUUAUUCAACUUUUUAUGGGGACUCAGACACUUCACAUUCCUACUUCAACAGAAUUUCCUUCAGUUCCAACGCUUGAACAAAAGCGAACUCCACACAAUCCGGUCACAAAUCAAAUCUACUCGCGAGCGGCCUAACAAUUUCAUCGGGAUACGGGCAAGAUGGAUCUUAAGUUCAGUCAAAAAAAUCGAUUUGUUCCGUCACAAAAUCUUGAUGGUACUUUACGCAAUAUUGCACUACGUAUCUGAGGACUUGAUAGAAAAGAGCUUUUACGAGGAGAUUGUGAAAAAGAUGUUUCGUCUGCGUUCUGUCGCCGAGAGCACUUCAAAAGGAGGACAGGUCCAAGAUCUACCCAUCCUCAAUCAAGCUUUCAGGAAGUCUUGUCUAGAUUCAAAAAGUCUUUUGGGCUGCGAAGUUUUACCUCGGAUCAUACAUAAUGUGAAUGACUGUACCAUGGAUGAUAUCCUUAGAAGCCAUCGGGAUUAUUUCCGUGCCAUCACGGGAAGCAAGCUCUUGCGUGAGAACAUGCGUGGGAAAUCCAGUGGAGAAUCUUUGGUCGAUCAAGUUUAUGGCUUCCUCGAGGUGUCAUUUUCGUUUGUUCAAGCUUGCGACCAAUUCGAGGCGCAACUCACACAAAUGGUGACACUUCUUAAGAUGGAAUCUCUGGCGAAUGCCGAUGACGAGAUGGAUGAAAACUUCCGGCGGCUAGAAUCACUCAUGCAUAUUAUCUACAGGGAAGUCUACUUCGAAAGAUUCAUCCCAAAGUUGGAUGUAUUUCGCCGGGACCUCCGACAAGAACCAGAUCUUCGGGAACUCAGUAAAUCUUUAUAG